CUUCUUCUUCUUCUUCUUCUUCCCCCUCCUCCUCCUCUGCAUUUGAUUGAUUUUGCUUUUUCAGCACCCAACGCAAUCUCCCCCUCGCUAACCACUGGCACCCCAGCCCCCACCAUCAAAAUGCCAUCAUCAAUCAUAUUGAUUGAGCUGAACCUUUCCCCCACCCACUGACUAUACUUCUUGUCCUCUGCUUCUUCUUUCUUCUUCUUCUUCUUCUUCAUCCACCAACAGCUUCAAAAAUUCAUUGUCAUUCUCGUUUGCCCCCCCUUUUUCCACCAGUUCCACCAUGGAGAAAGGCUACUUCAUCAAUGAUGGCAUUCCAUUUCCACCCCCAUUCCACAUGGAGCCUGCGCCUACUACUGCUAUAAUUCCCACUUGGGACUCAGCCCCGCACCUGAAUUGCUCGUCGGGCCAAUCCUCUGCCGCUUCUUUCUUCAACAACAGCUGCAACUGGGACGACAAAUCACGGCACCACUUCGACUCUACCCUCAGCCCCAUGGUCUCCUCUACCCCAGCUUCCACUAACAGCUUAGCAAUCCGGGAGCUAAUUGGAAAGCUCGGCGACAUUUGCAACUACGCCGACAUCUCUCCUCCUCCCCCUCCCUUGCUGGCCAACAAUUCGCGUUUGAGUUCACCCUCUAAGCAGCUACAUUUGCCCCCGAUUAUGGACCCUUCUUGCGCUUUUCUGAAAGAAAACUUGGGCAAUCCGAUGUCCCCCAAUCUGCCAGCACUUUCAGGCGAUCCCGGGUUUGCCGAGAGGGCAGCCAAGUUCUCCUCCCUCGGAAGCAACAGUUUCAAUGGCCGCAUGACCCAAUUGGGAUUGAACAACAACAACAACAACAACACUGAAUUGCAAUACAGAUCUAGUCCACCCCUGGGCAGCGCCAAGCUGGCUAGAGUUUCAAGUAGUCCUUCUCUCAGGGCAUCCGGAUCUCCGAUGGCUACUCAACAAAACAAGACUUUUGCACAGACCCAAACGGAAAUGUUCCGGUCAACUAAUUGUUCAGACACAAAAUUCGGUGGUAAAUUAGCCGAUGAAUUCCCCAGCAGUUCCAAUCAGGGGUCCCCUGUUUCUCAGCAAAACGCAAACGGUGAAACCGGGUUAACAACUCCAAGUGAUUCGAAUCACAGGAAGAGGAAAGCAGUUUCCAGAGGAAAAUCCAAGGAGAUUGCUACAGCCCAGCGUACUAAUGACGCAAAGGUAGCAGGGACAGAAGAUAACCCGAAUUCAAAGCGAUGCAAAUCUACUGGAGGUAAUAGGAACGAAAAUGGCUGUGGAAAUACAGAGGAAGAAACGAAAGGGUUGGCUGACGGAGCAGGGGAUAAGGAUCAAAAUCAAGUAAAUGCAAACCCAAGGGCUCCUGAGCCUCCAAAGGACUACAUUCAUGUCAGAGCAAGAAGGGGCCAGGCUACCGAUAGCCAUAGCCUUGCAGAAAGAGUUAGACGGGAGAAGAUCAGUGAACGAAUGAAGCUUCUCCAAGAUCUUGUUCCAGGAUGCAACAAGGUGACUGGAAAAGCACUUAUGCUUGAUGAAAUAAUAAACUACGUGCAAUCAUUGCAGCGUCAAGUUGAGUUUCUAUCAAUGAAGUUAGCUUCCGUGAAUCCAAGAUUGGAUUAUAACUUGGACAGUCUUUUCUUGAAGGAUGUAUUUCAGACCCCUCCUCCUCCUCCUCCUCAUCCAAUAAAAUCAUCUCCUUUCUUUGGACAACAGCAGAGCCAGGAAAUUCCACAAGCUCGCACCAAUGGGGCAUUGACACAAUCCUCGGUGAACCCUAUAAACACCCCUAUAGGCCGAAACAUUUGCACUCAAUUACCUCUGGCUGAAGAAUUUGGCCAGUUUCCAGCUUUGUGUGAAGACGACCUGCAAAGCAUUGUUCAGAUGGGGUUUGGCCAGAAUGGGAACCUCGACAUCUGAUUCUCAUAUGAAGAUUGAACAGUGAUAACCCUUGCGGCCCAGAAGAAAAAGGAAGGCUGCUGUACAUAGGAAGGAGAGAAAUUCAUUAAUCUGAUCAGCUCGAUCGAAUCAAGACGACGCACGGCACGGCACCUUUUUUUUCCUCUUACAAUUGAUCAUUUUCUCUUAAUCAGGCAUUGGGGCUUCCUUUUUUUUUUUUGGGGGGGGGGGGGGGGAGGAGGAGGCUGGUUUGUUACAGCAUCCAAUGCCAAUUCCUUAACCAAGUGAUCUGUUUUUUAUGAUGAAUAGUAGUUAUAUAUGGCAUUGGGAGCCAGCCACAUGUAAGAUACAUAUUUGUUAGUAGGAAGGAGGGAGGAAAAAUUUCAGUAGCUUCAUUUCUUUUUCCAACCAAUUCCACAUUUGUCGUACUACUGCGGAUGAUUGAAAUCAUCACACGCGCGCGCACACGCACAUAUAUCAGUUUCAACAAGAUUUAUCGUGAUCUCCUUCACCACUC